AUGGAGCAGCACUGUGGUCUAAUAACUGGCAACAAGGAGCCAGUGCCACUGAAGAGCAUCUCAGUAACCUUGUCCAUCAAUGACUUUGUGGCUAGUGUCUCAGCAACCUUAAAUUAUGAGAAUGAGGAGAAAGUCCCCUUGGAGGCAAUCUUUGUGUUCCCCAUGGAUGAAGACUCUGCUGUCUACAGCUUUGAAGCCUCGGUGGAUGGGAAGAAAAUUGUGGCCGAAUUGCAGGAGAAAAUGCAGGCCCGUAGCAAAUAUGAGGAUGCCCUCUCCCAGGGCCACCAAGCUUCCUUAUUGGAAGAGGAUGACUACUCCAGGGAUGUCUUUUCUUGCACUGUGGGGAACCUCCAGCCUGGGGCCAAAGUGGCAGUGACCCUGAGGUAUGUGCAGGAGCUGCCUCUGGAGACAGAUGGGGCCCUGCGCUAUGUGCUCCCAGCCAUCUUGAAUCCAAGAUACCAGCUCUCUGAACAAUCUGCAAAUAGUUGCUUGAAUAUAAAGACCCCCAUAGUCCCUUUGGAGAAUCUACCCUACACACUCAACAUGGUUGCCACCAUCACUUCUCAGCAUGGCAUUGAGAGGGUCCAGUCCAACUGCUCUUUGAGUCCUAUGCAGUACCUGGCUGAUGACAAGACAUCUGCUCAGGUUUCCUUGGCUGAAGGACACAAGUUUGACCGGGAUGUGGAACUCUUGAUUUACUACAAUGAAGUGCACAGUCCCAGUGUAGCUGUGGAGAUGGGGAUGCAGGACAUGAAGCCAGAUAGUUUGAUGGGAGCUCCUUCUGCAAUGGUGAGUUUCUAUCCAGAUAUCCCAGAAGUAGAGGCCUCAAAGGCCUGUGGAGAAUUUGUGUUCCUCAUGGACCGCUCAGGAAGUAUGGAAUUGCCCAUGAACAACCAGAUGCAUUCUCAGUUACGCAUAGAGGCUGCCAAGGAAACUCUGCUGCUAUUGCUGAAGAGUUUGCCUAUGGGGUGUUAUUUCAACAUCUAUGGAUUUGGAUCUUCCUAUGAAAAAUUCUUCCUGGAGAGUGUGAAGUACUCUCAGGAAACAAUGGAGGAGGCCAUGAAAAGAGUGCAGGAUUUAGAAGCAGACCUAGGGGGCACUGAAAUCUUGAGACCACUCUGCGAUAUUUACAAAGCUCCCUCCAUCCUUGGACAUCCCUUACAGCUCUUCGUCUUCACAGAUGGAGAAGUUGCUGACACAUUUAGAGUCAUUAAAGAAGUUCAGUUAAACAGCAAGAAGCACAGAUGCUUCUCAUUUGGUAUUGGAGAAGGAGCCUCCACCAGUUUAAUCAAAAGCAUUGCCCGGGUGUCAGGUGGCAAGGCAGAGUUUAUCACAGACAAGGACAGGAUGCAGACCAAGGCUCUUGGGUCUCUGAAGUUUGCUCUAAACGCAUCAGUGGAUGACAUUUCUCUGAGCUGGAAAUUGCCUCCUGGUCUGUCAGCUACCAUGCUUUCACCAGAGCAUACUGUCAUCUUUAGGGGUCAGAGGUUAAUCAUCUAUGCCCAAUUGACUGGGACUCUGCCUCAAGUGGAGAGCUCAGGAGAAGUGUGCCUCAAGUAUACCCUCCAGGAUAGGAAUCUUGAAAACAGGGUGACAUUUUCCCUACAACCCAAGGCAAAUAACAGCUUCACCAUUCAUCGGUUGGCUGCAAAGUCCUUGAUUCAGAGGAAGGACUUAGGUUCCCAUGAGACUUCAGAAGGAGAAAAGGAGGAUGUGGUGAACAUCAGCAUUCAGUCUGGGGUCCUCAGCUCCUUCACAGCGUUCAUUGCCAUUAACAAGGAGGUCAAUCAGCCAGUGCAGGGGCCUCUGGCUCACAGAGCGAUUUUUUGGCCAAGGAUGCUUCAAGAUUUGGCCGUAUGUGGAUUUGAUUAUAACUAUGAUGAGCCUUCGCCGGGUUCAUUUUCCGACUUCGCAGAUGAAGUAUUGGACGAGAGUGAGGAAAUGUUUCCAUUACCCAAAUAUGGUGUUGGAUUUUAUGACCGUUUAAGUCCUAAUAAGAGAAAAUUAGAAUCUGUAGGCAUGGUGAAAACAUCAGACUCUUACACCAAGAAAGCCAACUUUCAAAACAACAAGAAAGGUUUUGGAGAAAAUUUUGCUAUUCAGCUGAUUUCACUUCAAAAUGCCAAUGGCUCCUGGGAGUUGGAUGAGGAUCUGUCCAAGAUCCUGGACACUAGUUUGGAAGAUAUCAAGGCUGCAAACCCUGCCAAGGAUAGGGACCCUUCAAUGUGGGCCACAGUACUGGCUGUCCUCUGGCUACACGCCAAUGGCAAGGACUUGAAGUGUGAGUGGGAGCUUCUAGAAAGGAAGGCAGUGGCCUGGCUCCAUGACAAUGCAGGAUCCUUCAUCCCCAUGCUUGUGCAAGCUGCCAAUAGUCUCCUGAAAGUGUCUGUGACUCCUGCUGUCUUUGGCUUUUGAGAAUACCAUUCAUUAAAUGAGCAUUUCCUAUCUACCACCGAGUCCCUGGGUCUUAUCUUAACCCUUUUCUUUUUGUCCUAACAAUAAACGGUG